GUAGGUUUCCAAGGUAUGACAGCGAAUGCACCGAAGCUUUAGUACAUAAGCAAGGGCUUAUUAUAUCGAGCGCGGGAGAGUGAGAUGAAGUUUGUUGUCGUACGAAACAAAAAGUGGAACCACUUAACGACUUCAAUACCCCAAUCAAUGUGUCCGAAUCUCCUCCGAACUUUUCCACCGCCAUCCACUCAACCACCAUCCAUUCACCUUUCAUACCCACGAUAUCGACUUGUUGCCUUAUGCCAGUUAAUCAACAUGUAAUGGACACCUUCACCAGCGGCAAAGCAUCGGCAGAUCCCCAAAAGGCCUUGGACCUCCUCCAGCCGCUGCAGCCUAUCCUCGCGGGGUUCAACCACCGUAAUAAGAACCAGCACCGCGGCGCGCGAUGGUGGGGCUCUUUUGGCAUGCUGCGCCGGAAUCUGGAAAAGUUGGUUGAUGAGGUCGCUGAUGCUGUCGACAAAGCUGCGGCCGCUGGUGGGAAGAAGCGCAAACCAGCCGCUGUUCCGUCCAAGAAGGAUGGAAGGAGCGGUAGAAAUGCAGCCGAGACGCGCGCGAGCUGGUUGAGGGGUGUGCUCGUGCCGAAGCUCUACGUUGCAUUCUCCCAGCUCACGGCAGACAACCAGUUCGCCACCCUCGGUCUCAUGCUGUUCGGGGUUUUGGCUCAGGUUAAUGCUGCUUGCGCUUACCUUAUCGUUGCCGGCGACGAUGCACAGCAGUUGCCCGAAAGCGGCGUAGCCACGACUGUCCCAUUAGUCACCAAGAAGUUGCAACCAGUGUUGGGCAUAGUUCGCGACGGGAAAGAAGACACUGUCGAUCUAGGCCGUGCCGUUUCGCGGGAGGAAAUAGCGCGAGAAGUGGCGAUGCGACGGGAGGCGGAGGCGGCUGAGGGGGUUGCGGUACCAACUAAGAAGCGCAGGAAGGAAGAAGCGUUUGACGCAAGAAGAGAGAAGAUACAAAGAACGGAGGAGGAUUCUAUGGUUGAGAAGGCUGGCAGGGGGGAGAAGGACAAAUCCUCGGCGCCGAAGGAGAAGGAGAAGAAGAAGAAGAAGAAGAAGGGGAAGAAAGGGGACGAGUUUGAUGACUUGUUUAGUUCUCUAUUUUAAGCAUAUUGGGUCCAGGAUAAUUAUGUGGCUUCAUAAUAAACUAGUGUCUUCUAGGGAGGAGGGUAAAAGAAUGUCCACUCCAACAUACAGGGAAUCCCAGAGAAUAUAACGCUUUGAGGUAGUUAACUGUUAUCUGGAAAUCUGGAGUACUGAGUUCCCAUCCCAACAUAGUCAGAGAUCCAAAAUGAGACGAACAAAGC